AUGCAGAGCAACCACUUGGGUCACUCCAUGGGAAGAGGGUGCAAUCAUGGUCGCAACUGGCGGUUUAUAUGCCCCGACCAUCCGUCACCACAACGGAGUGACCUAUAUCAUUUGCACAACGUUAUUCAUUCCACUUCCAACAAGGUUGGCGACGAGCAUGAUGAUCAGUUUAUCAUUCAUACGACCGAUAUGCUGUCUGGAAAUUGGACGGAUCCAAUCAUGCUCCCAUUCACGCCAGAAAUUAAUCCGUCCUUGUUAUUCGAUGACAACAAGGUUUACCUGCAACUGUGCAAAGUCGGGCCGAAGUUCCAAUUCUUUAACUUCAAGAUUGAUAUUGUCAUUGGGAAGAUGUUGGCUGAGCCUGAUUUAAUCUGGAAUGGAUGGGCAGGAGGCUUCACCGAAGGCCCGCAUGUCUAUAAAAAUGACGGCUGGUAUUAUCUUUCUUGUGCAGAAGGAGGAACCUUUCGACAUCAUAUGCUGAGUAUGGCCCGGUCCAAGAGUAUCUGGGGUCCAUACGAGUCGUAUGACAGAAAUCCGCUGUACAGUGCAGAUGGUACCGAUGAAUAUGUUCAAAAUACCGGACAUGGUGAUUUUUUCCAAAACAAACAUGGGGAGUGGUGGGUGGUGAUGCUUGGAGUGCGCAUGGAUGAGGGACGCUGCAUUAUGGGACGAGAGAGUUUCCUGGCUGCUGUCAAGUUGGCUUCCAACGAGUGGCCCAGCAUCAAUACUGUCGCUGCUCGCCGCGAUUUGCAAGCUCUCCCAGGUCAAACUGCAGUCCUUCAGUUCGCUCUUCCUUCCACAAACUCGGCUGCAUGGGUCUAUUUGAGAGAUCCAGUCCUGGAAGACUAUCGUAUCCAGGAUAGACAGGUCACAAUGCGAGCGCGUCCAGCUGGGCUUGACUCGAUAGAGCAGGUUGUGAGCUUUGUCGGACAGCGACAACGGCGACUCAUUGGAACAGCAGGAGUGACGCUACUUCGCCCUAAACCCAGCCAGACAAGUAAGUCAUGA